UUUAUUUGCAAUCGACCAGACCGGAAGACGCAUUUAGAGGCGAGAACAAGAAAAGAAACGAAAAAAAGGGAAAAGAAUAUUUAGACAUAUUAAAAGGACUUUUUGGAAGUUAUUUAACGCGGCUUUAUAAAAAUUAACUGUUUGAGAAAACUGUUUUUAUUUAUUUAUUUUUUUUAUUAUAUUCUAUAAAGUUUUACGAUAUUAAUAAUUCGCCCGAUUGGUGCAAAAAUGGAACUUGAACAAAUUAUAAAAAACCUAUUGUGUGCCGAUAAUAAUCUCAUUAAACAGGCCUCUGCCGAUCUCUUAGUAGCUUUGAAGAACCCAGAAGCUUUAUCCGUGCUAUGUGACCUCAUUGCAACACACAAAGAACCACAAGUGCGCCAAUAUGCAGCGACAUUGCUAAAAAAGAGUUUAGGGAAAUUGCGUAAUUGGCAGAUGGUGGCUUCUGAGCAGCAACAAAUUAUGAAGCAGACAUUGAUGAAUGCCUUGGUUACUGAAGAAGAGAAGCCUGUUAGAAAUGCAAUUGCGCAAUGUGUCGGCGUAUUGGUUCGUCAUGAAGCUGACAAAAAUGAUUCGUGGAUGAAUGAGGUACUUAAAUUUGUCUACAGUCAUUGUAGCUCAGCCGAUCCCAAACAAAGUGAAUUAGGUUCAUCCGUGUUUGCUGCACUAGCCGAUGUUGCCCCCGAUCAAUUCGUGCCUUACAUGGAGUCUGUUUGUGAAAUGUUCAUGGCCGCUCUUACGGCUACUGAAGCUAACGGUAACAUGGCGUCUCCAGUUAUAUUAAACAUUCUCUCUGGAAUGACGUUUUUAAUACCAUUUAUUUUGGGCCACAACGCUGCUGAACAAACUUAUCAAAAAGCUAUUCCAUUAAUAGUUAAAUCUUUACGCGCAUUUGCUGUUCUACCAGAUUCUUAUCAGUUCGUCACUGCCUUUGAAAUUUUAGACGGUAUGGCCGAUCAUACCCCGAAAUUACUGACGAACAAUAUUAAGAUACUAUUGGACUUUUGCCUGGAAGCGGCUAAAAACUCUCAACUAGAUAGUGCAGUUCGAGUAAAAUGUGUCGCUUAUAUUGGUUGGCUGGUUCGAUUAAAAAAGAAAAUUAUUAUCAAACAGAAACUAAUUGAACCGAUAAUUCAAGUUGUCUUUAGUCUAAUGGCUACCGAGCCGGAAAGUGGCGACGACGAUGAGGAAUAUUUCUUAGGAGAAGAUAAUUCAAAUCCAAUGAGCACCGCCACGCAAACUAUGGAUUUGAUGGCUUUGAACGUACCACCCGAGAAGCUCAUUCCACCAUUGUUGCACUUAUUAGAGCCCGCUUUACAGGGCCAAGAUCCACUGCCACGUCGCGCCGCUUAUCUUAGCAUGGCGGUGAUUGCAGAAGGUUGCUCCGAAGCAAUUUGCAAUAAAUAUCUGGAGACAAUGCUAAAUAUUGUGAAGGUAGGGAUUACAGAUCCCAUACCCAUAGUUCGAAAUGCAGCCUUCUUUGCACUGGGUCAAUUUUCGGAACAUCUGCAACCGGAUAUUACUAACUACGCGCCACAAAUUCUACCCAUUCUCUUCGAGUUUCUUCAACAAUUGUGCAACGAGUUAAGAAGUGGCGGUACUGAGCCAAAGCACAUUGAUCGCAUGUUCUAUGCUUUAGAAACAUUCUGCGAAAAUUUGGAAGAUGCCUUAAUCCCACAUUUACCAUUAUUAAUGGAACGUCUAUUUGAAGCCAUGAAUCCCAACAAUUCGGCACGCGUUCGAGAGCUAGCACUUAGCGCUAUUUCUGCCGCGGCUAAUGCCACCAAAGAGAAUAUGAUGCCUUACUUUCAGCAACUAAUUGCAUUACUGCAAACUUAUUUGGUGAAAACCGAGAACGAAGACAUUUUGUCAUUACGUUCUCAAGCUAUUACUACACUGGCGGCAAUAGCUCGUACAAUUGGUAAACAAAACUUUAUGCCGCUGGCAACGGAUACAAUGAGCUUCGCAUUAAAUUUGCUGGAGGAGGCGAAAGACGACCCCGAUUUGCGCCGUGCUCUAUACAAUUUGAUUGCAUCGUUGGCUGAAGUAGUCAACGAGGAAAUGGCUUCAGUUUAUCCAAAAUUCAUGGAACGCUUAUUUCAAUCUAUUUUGUCAACAGAAGAGGUAAUACCCGAAUAUAAGGAAGAUAUCGUUCAUGUGCAUGCCCAAGAUAAUGAUGAGAGUGAUGAUCGCGAAAUUGACAUUGAGCAUUCGGAUGGAGAAGACGACGCAUUAUUAGAUCACAUUGCGGGAUAUAGUGUGGAAAACUCAUUUCUCGAUGAAAAGGAAGAAGCUAUAUUGGCGUUAAAGGAGUUUGCUGAACAUACUGGACCAGCUUUUAUACCGUAUCUGGAACAAUCAUAUCAGAAUGUCUACAAAAUGAUUGAUCAUCCUCAAGAAGAUAUACGGAAAGUGUCUAUUGAUGCUCUCACAAGUUUUAUAAUUGCUCUCUAUAGGCAAAAGGAUGUUCAGGGCGUUAAUAAUGCUCUUAAAAUAUUGAUACCGAAGCUCGGGCAUAUCGUUCGUGAAGAUGAGGAAGUAAAUGUUGUAUUGUCAGCUUUAGAAAGUUUCUCUAAUCUCUUAAAGAAAUUGAAGCAUAAUGCUUUACCAACUGAAGAGAUGCGUGAGAUAAUAUUCACGUGCAUUAAUGAUGUGCUACUUGGUAAGGUCGCUUGCCAGUUCGAUGAAUCAACUGGUAGCGGUGAUGAAGAAACUGAAGAAAGCGAAUAUGAGGAAGCCAUUGUAGAAAGCGCUGGAAAUUUGUUACCUCUUUUUGGUCUUGCAAUGCCGCCCGAGCAAUUUGCUAUGUAUUUCGGUCGCGUCUACCCCAUAAUCGUUGCAAAACUGCAAAAAGCCAAGAGGAAGCAAGAAUUCGAAUCGCAAAGAGCUUUUGCGUAUGGAGCAUUGGCUGAGUGUUUCGCUGCACUACAAAAUUAUGCCGGCUCGUAUUUUGAUACCUUUUGUCCUCUUAUGAUUGACGGACUUGGCGAUGACUUUUACCAGGCCCGUCAAAAUGCCGUGUUUGGUUUGGGUGAACUGGUACUGUAUGCUGAGGCAAAAUCAUUCGAAGCUUAUCACCACAUUUUAAUGGCCCUGUCGGAAGCUGUUUCAAAGGAAACUGAACCAGCGGCAUUAGAUAAUAUAUGCGGGGCGAUUGCCCGUCUUAUUAUAACGAAUUGCAGUCUAGUACCACUUAAUCAAGUGCUGCCUGUGUUUUUGCAGAAUUUACCUUUGCGCGAAGAUUUCGAUGAGAACAACUCAGUUUUCAAAUGCUUUAAACUGCUCUACAUUCAACAACGUGACACCAUUCUCGGCUCAUUGGAGCAAAUACUCGCGAUUGCAAUACAUGUAUUAUAUAAAAAGGAAUUUGUCGAUCAAGAGACGCGUGACAACGCUAUUGGACUUCUGAAGGAAAUCCGCGAUAAUUACCCUGAAAAAUUUAGCACAGUUGCUAAUUCGAAUCCGGAAAUUGUACACUUUUUGCAAUCACUAUAAAAGAAGCAAUAUAUAUAUAUAUAUAUAUAUAUAUAUAUAUAUAUAAUAUAU